AGGGUCUCGUUAUUUUCUAGUCAGUGUCGCUGUGUCACUCCCUCCGGGUCUCCGCUGCCCCUGCCGUGAGCCAUGGCCCAGGAAUCACUGACUUUCAGAGAUGUGGCCAUUGACUUCUCCCAGGAGGAGUGGGAAUGGCUUCAGCCAGCUCAGAGAGAUUUGUACAGACAUGUAAUGUUGGAGAACUAUGGCCAUUUGAUCUCACUAGGUUUUAACAUUUCUAAGCCAGAUGUGGUUUCCUUAUUGGAGCAAGGAAAAGAGCCCUGGAUGGGGAAAGGAGAUGUGAGACGAGAUCUGUUUUCAGAGUCAAAUGGUACAGUCAAAGAGUUUUCUCCAAAAAAUGUCACAUAUGAAGUUGCAUCAUCCCACAAUUUAUUAAUGGAAAGAAUUUUAAGUGGAGGCCCUGCAUAUUCCAAUUUUAAAGGAGGCUGGAAGUGUGAGGAUAACACUGAGAUGAAAGGAAGUAAAGGAUCUAUCAGACAAGUGACAGUCGCUCUUCCAAAAUCCUUAUCUCAGCGAAUGAGUAUCAGUACUGUGGAGAGGCCGUAUGGAUGUCAUGAAUGUGGAAAAUCGUUCAGUCGGCGCUUUUCCCUUGUCUUACAUCAGAGAACUCAUACUGGUGAGAAACCCUAUGUAUGUAAGGAGUGUGGCAAAACCUUUAGCCAGAUAUCGAACCUUGUGAAACAUCAAAUGAUACAUACUGGAAAGAAACCCCAUGAGUGUAAGGACUGUAAUAAAACAUUCAGUUACCUUUCAUUUCUCAUUGAACACCAAAGAACACAUACUGGGGAGAAACCUUAUGAAUGUGCUGAAUGUGGAAAGGCAUUUAGCCGUGCCUCAAACCUCACUCGACAUCAGAGAAUUCAUGUGGGAAAGAAACAGCAUGUUUGUAGGAAAUGUGGGAAAGCCUUCAAUAGUGGCUCAGAACUUAUUCGUCAUCAGAUUACUCAUACUGGAGAGAAACCUUAUGAAUGCAUUGAAUGUGGAAAGGCAUUUCGCCGUUCGUCACACCUUACUCGACAUCAAAGCAUCCAUACCACCAAAACCUCUUAUGAAUGUAGUGAGUGUAAAAAAGCUUUCCGUUGCCAUUCAUUCCUUCUUAAACAUCAAAGAAUUCAUGCUGGAGAAAAACUCUAUGAAUGUGAUGAAUGUGGUAAAGUUUUCACAUGGCAUGCAUCUCUUACACAGCAUAUGAAAAUUCAUACUGGAGAAAAACCCUAUUCUUGUACUGAAUGUGACAAAACAUUUAGUCGGAGCUUUUCCCUUAUUCUACAUCAGAUCACACAUACCGGUGAAAAGCCCUAUCUAUGUAAAGUAUGCAAUAAAUCUUUCAGCUGGAGCUCAAACCUUGCUAAACAUCAGAGAAUACAUACCUUGGAGAACUAUGAAUAUGAAAAUUCAUUUAAUUACCAUGCAUUCCUUACUGAACACCAGAGAAUUCAUGCCAUAGAGAAAAUCUAACAAAA